CCAGGCCCCAGCCAGGCCCCAGCCAGGCCCUUCGUAGCGACCGCGCGACGCGUAGCCCACCAGGCCCCACCAAGCCCCACCAGGCCCCACCACCGCGCCGACCGCCGCCUCCACUGUGUGGCGAUGUGAUGGCGGACAACGCGACGCUGCUGGAGUGGCUGGCCGCGCCCACGGCCGCCACCAUGAACGCGUCCAACGGGACGGGCGACGUGGACCUGGACCCGGCCCAGGUUCAGGUGUUCAUCGAGGACUUCAAGAAGCGCCAGAACCUGUACACCGAGACGAGCCACAUCGUGCUCAUCGCGUGCUACGUGCCGCUGUUCCUGGUGGCCCUCUUCGCCAACUGCCUCGUCAUCUUCGUCGUGUUCAAGUACCACUACAUGCGCAGCGUGACCAACUACUUCCUGGUGAACCUGUCGUUCGCCGACCUGCUGGUGACCCUCAUCUGCAUGCCCAUGGCGGUGGGGCAGAACGUGUCCAAGCUGUGGAUCUACGGCGAGGUCAUGUGCAUGCUCACCACCUACUUCCAGGGUGUGUCCGUGUCGGCCUCCAUCUUCACCAUCACUGCCAUGAGCAUCGACCGCUACCUGGCCAUCCGACACCCCAUGGCGUUCCGGAAGGUGUUCAACCGCAAGUCCACUACCAUCGUCAUCAUCGCCCUGUGGCUGGUGUCCAUGUGCCUGUUCGCGCCGCUGCUGUGGGUGCUGCAGACGGAGCCCGUCAACCUGGGCGAGCCGUUCGCCGAGGCCGUGGAGACCAACGGACUCAAAUUCUGCGUCGAGAACUGGGGCAAGGAGGAGGACGGCUACCGGAAGAAGGUGUACGGGGCCUUCUUGUUCACGCUGGUGUACGCCAUCCCCGGCACCGUGGUCAUGGCGGCCUACACCCUGAUGGGGCGGCGACUCUGCGCCGUCAAGCCUCCCUUCGACGAGAACUCCACGGCCGGCAGCGCCAGCUCGCAGCAGGGCUCGCGGCUGGUGCGUGAGCGUCGCCGCGUGGCGCGCAUCCUCCUGGUGCUGGCCGUGCUGUUCGCCAUGUGUUGGCUGCCCUACAACGUCACCAUGCUGGCCAUGGACCUCCUCGGCCUGGAGACGCAGCAGUGGCUGCUCACCCUGCUGCCCUUCACCCUGCUGCUGGGCCACUGCAACUCGGCCAUCAACCCGCUGCUGUACUGCUUCAUGACGAGGAACUUCCGGCGCACGGUGCGGGGCUUGCUGACGCGCCGCCGGCCCCGGCCGCUGGGCACCCGGCCGCAGCAGCGAUGCAAAAUUCGAGCUUGCCCCCGCACAGCCAGCGCCACCUCUUCGAGCGGCUACGAUUCGUAUCACAGCCCUCACAGGCGGUGCUACGUGCUAAGGCUGCACACCUUGCGAGACAGUCGGGCCCAAAACGAGGGGAGCGUCUGCGACCCGCCGCCCACCAGCACGCGCCUCACCCGCCUGGGCAGCCAGCGCAGCCAGCGCACCAGCUUCAGCAGCAGUGGCCGGGAGCAGCAGCAGCGGGACCGGGACUUGAGGGACUUCCGGAGUGCAGGCCGGGCCUGCUGCCUGGACCGGCGCUACCUCUGAACAACCACCACACCAUGGAGGACUCGGUGUCGUCGCUGCCGGCCGACGCCGUGGAGAUGCACGCCCUCAAGCUCACCAACGGCAGCGUCGUGCAGGACCACGCCCAGGACCUCGUCCAGGACCACGGCACGCCCUGAAGGGACCCGGGUUCGAGUCCCGCCGUCCGCCCUGGGAGUGGCAUCACGGGGCGUCGGCCGGAGUGGCUCAUGCACAUGUUGGCCUCAAUAAGUCCGUCACAUUGACUCGCGCGACGCGAGCGAGGCCGAGCGAGGCCGGGCGAGGCCGGGCGAGGCCCGUCAAGGCCUUUCGGGAAAUCGGUCCCCUCUGCGCCGUGAAGCGCGUCGACGCCGUCGUCCUCUCUGGAGCGCUCGCAAAGACCCGUCGCGCUUCCAGACCGCGUCACUAAUCUAUGUGGAAUAACAAUUUAACAUCGCGAAGCCGGUUGAACAUGCAAAAGGCACAAUCAACGGCGGGUAUAUCGCGAGACAGAGCCGCAUUCCUGUUAAUAUUGUCAGGGCUCGAAAGGCGGGAACACAGAUUUGAUUUGAAAAAGGUUCAACCUCUACGAUACAAACAAGCUUUUGUCAUUUUUCAUAUCUCCUCAUUCCGCUUUUAAUGUGAUUUUAACAAUCCGUUCUCGAAACUACAAUGGUUUACGAGAAGGGACUAUGUCAUGGAGAGAGAGAGAGAGAGAGAGAGAGAGAGAGAGAGAGAGAGAGAGAGAGAGAGAGAGAGAGACUGCAUCCUGAAAACUACAGUGCCAACAGGUGGGUUGAUGUGGGAUUGUUAGACGUUCGAGAAUCAGUUAGUUACCACAUUGUUUUGGGCCACGGUUAAGCGUACCUUUUAAUCAUAGUUUAACUUUCUUAGCAUGUAAGGCGAAUCUGCGCUUCAAAUUUAUUCACCAGCUAACUCCCACUGCUGUGGUAGGUGUGGAAGGAACACAGUGUUUGAAGUGAACACAAGGUUGGCCUGGGCGAAGUUUAUUUUACAAUGGCGUGCCCAUUUUUCCUGUGAUUUUAAUACUUUUAGAAAGUAAUGUGUGCUGUGCUUGCUUCAAAAUUAAUUUUUGACCUUUUGGAAGAGGCAACCUCUUAUUUUGUGAUUAAGUUGAGGGUGCAGAGGCGAUAGUCAGAA